AUGUGGAAUGGGUCACUCAUCUUAACACUAAUUACGACCUGUCAUGUUUUGAGGGCUAUCGCUAUCGUCGGGGUUGAGCCAACCAUUAGCUUUUUCGAUGGGAAUGAUUACAUGAAUCAGUGCAAGACGAGGCUUGAACGUCGGAUUACAGGCAUAUCUGGCGUAAUUUACUCGCAUUCGUUAUAUGGUAGAGUGCCUUACAAUGCGAGCAGGAACUGUUUUGUGAUGCUAAUAGCACCUAUAGGUUAUCGUAUAAGGUUGCGAGUUUUGGAAUUCGAUGUGAAUGGCCAAAAUUCAAAUUGCGAGAAGGAUACGCUGCACGUGUUCGAUCAUGAGACAAUAAUUGAUCCAAGUGCUCCUCACUUCCAGACAAGUGACUCAAUCACUCCUGGACCUAUAAUAGGCCAAUUUUGCGGUAAACGAACAAAUGCUAGCGAACUGAGUGUAAGCACUCUAAAUGCCCUCACCCUAUGGUGGCACACUGAUCCUCUCCUCGCACAACAACAUCCAGCAAAAGGAUUCCGACUUCAGUGGAAUGCUUUUCGAGUCACAGCGAAUGGUACAUUAAAAGAGUACAGCAAAACCUAUUUAUUCUCAAAAUUUCAUAUUUUCUUUACAGUACCCUGCUCACCUUCAAGGGAAUUUGCUUGUGGAGGGAACGAGUGUAUACCGAUCCAACUCGCUUGUGAUCGUUUUGCAGAUUGUCGUGACGAAUCUGAUGUCAUUUAUACAAGACAAUUUGCUGCUAAUUGUGAAAGUGAGUUUCUUAUAUCUAAGAUUAUAUUUUUUGCAGAAAUUUAA